UCCAUAGCCACGAUAACGAGGAGAGGUAGGGUUUUGUUGCAAGGCUCUGGGGAUCGCAGGCAGGCAGCAGCAUCGGCUUCACCUCGGGGGCCAUUACCGCAGUAGUAGCAGUACUGAGCCAGCAACAAUGGCGUCGUCGUCGUCGAGCUGGACGCAGACGCUUCUCGUUUUCUUCUUCUUCGCGCUGCCGAUGCUCUGCACCAGCUUCAACCCAGACAGUCCCUCCGACCGUCGCGUGCUCGUCCUCGUCGACGACCUUGCGAUCAAGUCUUCGCACUCCACCUACUUGCAGUCGCUCACUGACAGAGGUUAUGAGCUUGACGUCAAGUUGGCGACUGACCCAAAGUUGACUCUUCAGUCAUAUGGAUCGUACCAUUACGAUGCUCUCAUUUUGUUUGCUCCCAAAGUCGAAAGUUUGGGUGGAAAUCUCGACGCCGCCGCAAUUUCUGACUUUGUGGACUCCGGUCACGACUUAAUCCUAGCAGCUGAUGAAACAACCUCAGAUACGAUUAGGGAAAUCGCUUCCGACUGUGGUGUUGAUUUUGAUGAGUUCGAAAAGGCCGUUGUGAUCGAUCAUGUCAAGUACGCAAUCACCCCGCUUGGGGAUGAUCACUCCCUUAUUGCAGCUGACAAUCUGAUAGACUCUACAGUGAUUCUGGGAUCACAGGGGAUCAAGGAACCCAUUUUAUACCGCGGUCUUGGACACAUUGUAAACCCAACAAGCGAGCUGGGUAUAAAAGUUCUUUCUGCGUCUCCAUCUGCUUAUUCUGGGAGAGUUGGUGCUGAGAUUACAGACUUACCUAACGUCAGUGGCGCUUCUAUGGCCCUAGUCUCUGUAGUUCAGGCUAGGAACAAUGCCCGCAUUAUGAUCUCUGGCUCUUUGGAGCUCUUCAGCAAUCAGUUUUUUGAAUCCUCUGUACAACAGUCCGGAAGCGACGAUAAGUUUGAGAAGUCUGGUAACCAGCAGUUUGCAGUAGAACUUACGAAGUGGACAUUACAUGAGAGAGGCCAUCUUAAGACUUCGAAUGUGCAUCACCACAAGAUUGGAGAGACCAAUGAGCCUGCUAUGUAUCGGAUUGCUGAUAAUGCUAGGUACUCCCUUGGGAUCCAGGAAUGGAAUGGCAAGGACUGGCAGCCAUAUCAAGCUGAUGACGUGCAACUGCAAUUUUACAUGAUGAGUCCAUAUGUUCUAAAAACUCUUUCUCACGACGGCAAGGGGUUGUAUUUCACAGAAUUCCAAGUUCCAGACGUGUAUGGCGUUUUCCAGUUCAAGGUUGAGUACAAUCGGCUGGGUUACACAACCCUCAACUUGGCAAAACAGAUUCCAGUAAGACCGUUUCGGCAUGAUGAGUAUGAGCGAUUCAUUCCAGCUGCUUUUCCUUACUAUGGAGCUUCCUUCUCGACGAUGAUUGCUUUCUUUGUAUUUGGGAUUGUCUUUUUGUACCACAAGUAAGAGGAUUCCGUACAACUGUAGCUUCAACCCAAUUCUCUUCGCCUGAUGUGUCAUCAUUAAGGUUAUCUUUUGCGUAUGGGGAGCAUUAUCAAGGAGAAUCCAGAGUAGUAGUACCGGUCUGAAUCUCUGAAACUCAGCUAAUGAAGACCUUUGAGUGUGCCAGUGGCAUUCAUUUUGAUAGCAAAUCUUGGUAGAUUUUACUCAGGUCUGUGCAGUUCCAAUCUUAAUCUAAUGAAUCAUUUUAUCAGGAAAUUGCUCGAGUUCAGUUUAUGAGCCAAAAUUGGUUACCUUGUCACCAAGUGUUCUAGAACCGAUCUGAAUCACCAAAAUAUCCCUUAGUAGACGAUGCGUAGUUGGGAGAACUUGCUACGUGUCUUCAAUUGUUAUCAUACAAACCGUCUUGCAAGUACUGAAUUCAAUGCAAAUUGAUAA